UUUACUACAAAAACCAUAGUUUAACUGUGGUUACUGUAGUAAAACCAUUGUUCUUUUGUAGUUACUAGGUUUUACUACAAAAACCAUAUGAAACGGUUUAUUAUGUAGUUCCUAGGUUUUGCUACAAAACCCAUAGUUUAACUGUGGUUACUUUAGUAAAACCAUGGUUCAUUUUGUAGUUAUGGUUUUACUAUAAAAACCAUAGUUAAACUAUGGUUACAACAAAAAAACCAUGGUUAAUUUUCGUAAGGGAAGAAAGCGGAGAGGCCGUUGAACAGAGGUAUACUGCGUGACGUAUGCUUGAGGGUUGUCAGUAGCAGAAAGGGGGUUGGCUUCGGAGUUUGGAGAGAAGUUCACCGAUUGGCUUGAUAAUGUGUUCAGACUUCAGCCAAUAGGAGACGGUGCGCUUUCAUUUAAAUGUUGAAUCACAGUUGUCUAGAUUAGUCCUAUAUCAUUUCUACUUCGCGUUUUACCUGUUGAGUAAAUUACACAUUAUAAUGAGUGGUAGAGGCAAAACCGGUGGUAAGGCUCGCGCCAAGGCCAAGAGUCGCUCUUCCAGGGCGGGACUGCAGUUCCCUGUCGGCCGUGUUCACAGGCUUCUCCGCAAAGGCAAUUAUGCCCAGCGUGUUGGUGCCGGUGCUCCGGUUUAUUUGGCCGCUGUGCUCGAGUAUCUCACUGCUGAGAUCCUGGAGUUGGCUGGAAACGCCGCUCGCGACAACAAGAAGACCCGUAUCAUUCCUCGUCAUCUGCAGCUGGCGGUACGCAAUGACGAGGAGUUGAACAAGCUUCUGGGUGGUGUGACCAUCGCUCAGGGUGGUGUGCUGCCCAACAUUCAGGCCGUGUUAUUGCCCAAGAAAACCGAGAAGCCAGCGAAGACCAAAUAAACUGACAAAAGGUUCUCUUUAAACAAAAGGCUCUUUUAAGAGCCACCCAAUUUCUCUUUGAGAGGGUGAUUUCAUUUGUCCUAUUUAUAUUUGUAUUUAUACCUGUCUGCUUAAAAAAAGUAACACUUAAGAUGAAUGUUCAUGAGUCGUCAGAUUUUGUAAAUAUUGAUGUAUCAAAAUAAUGCCAGAGUUAAAAAAAAAAAUACCAAGGUUAAUUUACAAACGGCCCCGUCUGGCAUUCCAUUCAGAAAUCUUUUUUUUUUUUUUUUUUUUCAGCUACUUUAUUUCUCUCUUUGGAGUCAAUGAAAAUGUUAUUCUUGGAGAAAUUUUAGGUAGGGCAUUUAUUAAAGAUUUUAUGAAUGUAUUAUGAAAAUGCAUAUACCCUGGUUUCACAGACGAGGCUUAUCUAGUCCUAGACUAAAAUGCAUGUUUGAGCUGUUUUAACUG